AUGGAGGAGAGAAAUCGACCAAGAAACAUUAUCCCUCAGGUGGCUAUCCAAAGAUAUGAGCAGACCAGGCAGGGUAAUCGGCUCACUGACGAAGGGACUCUUUCUGAGAACAAAAGUCUUGCUGUGGGCCAUGGCUGCUACUUGUCGUUUGAAAAGAACCGACUGAUGAUGCUAGCAGACUCGCAUCCUCUCAUUUAUUUUGUCAGGCAUGACAAUCAAGUUAUUGGCAACUCUUCGAUAGAUGUUGGCUUCAAGAACACUGUUGCCCUCUUCCCGGACGACAAUCAACUUGAACUAAUCUUCAAAAACGCCGCAAAACCAAAUGAAGGACCCAUCCAAAUCUUUAUCACGAAAAAUCAGUAG